GGAGUUUCCCGUCUUCCCUAUGUGAUGAUCUGAGAAAAUUAUUCCUCCGAUAAUUCCAUCCCAUCCAUCAAUGCUGGUCCCCUCUCUUCACAUCACCUGUUCAAAUCAGUUGUGGUGGUAUUUAUGGAGUUGUCUCCCUAUCCAUUAAUUCACGGUUCCUUCAAUUCGCGCAAAAUUUAGGGAGGAAGCAGCUGCGGGAAACUCCUGGUCAGAAUUCAGAACUGAAGUGAUCGAUGUGAUUUCUGGUGUCUCAGCAUCGUGAUUGAGUGCCGCCGUAGGUAGUGUGAAUCGAAUACUGCGAGUUAUUACUGUUGGUUUUUUGUUCAGGGUUUGAGGACGUGGAUGAAAACCUUAUAACUGCGUAAUAAUUAUGGUUCCCUCUCGUCCAGUUGUUGGUUGCUGUCACAGCCUCAAUGGUCACGGGUACAAAAACCAACAAUGAGGCAUAGCCAUGGAGCAGUUCCUCUCUUUUCUGUAGUGCCUUCUUCUUUUUCACAGUCCUAAAGCUAAUUUCUGAAAAAUUCUGUUCCAUGCGAAAUUAGAGGUGCUUUUUCUUUAUCCUUCUCUUUCUUGUUGUCAGCCUUUGCGUUUUUUUGGGUGUAUUCUUGUCCUCUGGUUUAAGAUUCUCUUAGUAUGCGUGGUUCACUCUCUGUUCUGGAUCUGGUGGUGAGUUUAUCCGUUUAAAUGUAGGUUCGUGAUCGAGAUCUGAUUUCUACGGGAGAAUCAGGCUGCUGUGGAGCUUCAUUUUACAAUUUUUUGUUUCUUUUUGGGGUGUCAAGACUAUUUUACUCAAGCUGAUCAAUAUUGAACAGUCAGUGUAGCAGAACCUGAACAACUGACAACUGUGAUGCCGAAGGAAGAUAGUUUGUCGGGGAACUUAGACUUUGUUAUGUCCGAACCAGCAACAACACCCAAAGAUCUUGAGUUGAGAAGCUCAUUGGAAGCAUAUACGGAUCAAGAAAAGAAAUCAUCUGGGCUUGGGAGUGUGAAGAACAGUUCUGUUUCUGUAAAGACUAGUGAUGGAGCCAACAGUAUAACGAAAACCAGUGGAAGUGCCAAAAUAACUGACCGCGUAGAUAUCAUUGAGAGUGGAAAGAGCAGCUUCUGUCGAGGAAGUACUAGUAGUAACGUUAGUGAUGAAAGCAUUUGUAGCAAUUUUAGCACCAGCAUCAACAAGCCGCACAAGGCAAAUGAUGUGCGGUGGGAAGCUAUACAAGCUGUCCGAGCCAGGUAUGGCUUCUUGGCUUUGAGCCAUUUCAUGUUGUUGAAAAGACUCGGUUCUGGAGAUAUUGGAAGCGUUUAUCUGGCUGAGUUGAGUGGCACUAAAUGUUACUUUGCAAUGAAAGUCAUGGACAAGGCUUCUUUAGCAAGUCGCAAAAAGCUUCUCCGCGCUCAAACGGAGAAAGAAAUAUUGCAUUCCCUGGACCAUCCCUUUCUUCCAACCCUCUACAGCUAUUUCGAAACAGAAAAGUUUUCAAGUUUGGUGAUGGAAUUCUGCCCUGGAGGAGACCUACACAUUCUCCGACAGAAACAACCAGGGAAACAUUUUUCCGAGCAAGCAGCAAAAUUUUACGUUGCGGAGGUGCUCCUAGCGCUCGAGUAUCUGCACAUGCUUGGCAUUGUCUACCGUGAUCUGAAGCCCGAAAAUGUUCUUGUGAGGGACGAUGGACAUAUAAUGCUAUCAGACUUUGAUCUGUCACUUCAAUGUGCUGUUAGCCCAACUCUGGUGAAGAGCACUUCUUUCGUUGUAGAUCCUCAUCGUAGAAAUUCCAAUGACAGUUCUAAGCAUGGAUGCAUCGAACCGUCCUCCUGCAUUCAACCCUCAUGCAUUGUGGCACCAACAUGCUUUUCUCCCGGUUUCCUUUUCUCUAAAUCCAAGAAAGAUCAGAGGCCAAAAACCGAAAUCCGGAGCCAAAUCAGCCCACUCCCGGAGCUGAUUGCUGAGCCAACCGAUGCUCGGUCAAUGUCCUUCGUUGGAACUCAUGAGUAUUUAGCUCCCGAGAUAAUCAAAGGCGAAGGCCAUGGUAGCCCCGUUGACUGGUGGACAUUGGGAAUCUUUUUAUACGAACUUUUGUUCGGGAGAACUCCUUUUAAAGGAUCUGGCAACCGAGCCACGUUGUUGAACGUUGUGGGACAACCUCUUCGGUUUCCAGAGGCACCCAUGGUCAGCUUUGCUGCUCGGGACUUGAUCAGAGGCUUGCUCGUCAAGGAGCCCCAGCAUCGACUUGCGUACAAAAGAGGUGCUACAGAAAUAAAGCAGCACCCCUUCUUCGAAGGCGUGAAUUGGGCGUUGAUUCGAUGCGCCACCCCUCCUGACAUCCCGAGGCCUGUCGACUAUGCCCGGAUACCUCAUCCAACUGCACAGGGGAAUGCCAAUCAGAAUGGCGGUGGUAAAUAUCUGGAGUUUGAUUUCUUCUAAUUCGACUGUCGCUUGAACCUGUCCUGAACAAUGUUGAACCACAACCGCUGCUGGUUGAGCCACCGUUGGCGGAUGAUGAAAAGGUUCGUACAAAGCGACGAAUAUCGAUAAUUCCAUAUAGUAAAAUUAUAUACUUUUAGAGUGGUUUGAAAGCAGUGUGUUGUGUGGGGUGGGGGUGGGUCUAUCACAUGGCCACAGUUGAGUUUUUGGUGAUAGAUUGAUAAUGAAUGUCGUCUGGUAAAGAUUAUGAAUGUGUGUAUAAUUUUUUGGAAGAAAGUUUGUUGGAUUUGAGA